AUGAACCUUUUAUCGUGGGUCGCCUUACUCUUCUUCGUCGGCGUGGCUGUCGCCUAUCCAGAAGGGAGCUCACGUGGUUGCAUUUACAUCCACGGAAUUUGCCAGAGAGAAUGCGAGGAAGGGACCACUGCAUACGUGAGUAACUGCGACUACAUGGUACCGGAGGCAACAUGCGACGAGCCUAACCCCCAGCCGGACUUGAGCGGGAAACUCUGUGACUAUUCCGCCUGCUACUGUGAAGCCCCCACAGUCCGAGACACAAAGACCAAUAAGUGCGUCGCCCUAGAGGAGUGCAGC